AUGUACGCACUCUCUUUGCUUGCCGCCACGGCAUGUUUGCUUUUACCAGCAACAUCCGCACAAGAACUCAUCACAGAAGACUCUUACUUCUAUGGUCAGAGCGAGCCAAUCUACCCAACACCUCAAACUUCUGGAUCCGGAGCAUGGGGCGAAGCAAUCGCUAAAGCUCAAGCUUUUGUUGCCCAACUUACUCUCGAAGAGAAGACCAGUAUCACUGGUGGAGUCAGCAAUUCUUCAAGAGGUUGUGGUGGCAAUGUUCCCGGCAUCCCAAGAUUAGGUUUCCCAGGGCUAUGUCUUGCAGAUGCUGGUGCUGGUGUGCGGGGUACUGACCUGGUCAAUGCAUACACUUCCGGAAUCUCAGAUGGUGCAAGUUGGAACAAGAACCUCACCUACCAGAGAGCCUACCAGAUGGGAGGAGAGUUCCGUCGAAAGGGUGUAAACAUUGCAUUGGGUCCUCCUAUGAUUGGACCCAUUGGAAGAAUUGCCCUUGGUGGUAGAAAUUGGGAAGGUUUCGGUAACGACCCUUACCACGCUGGAGUACUCGCAGGUAUCGCUGUCCACGGGAUCCAAGACCAAGGAGUCGUUGCCUGCACGAAGCAUUUCAUUGGAAAUGAGCAAGAAACUGCCCGCAGUAUCAUGAUUGACAGCAACAACGACACCAUCCUUUCGUCUUCAUCAAACAUCGAUGAUGCUACUCUUCACGAGACAUACCUUUGGCCAUUUUAUGACGCCAUCCAUGCUGGUUCUGCGGCUGUUAUGUGCUCUUACAACCGCCUCAACAACAGUUACGCCUGCGAGAACAGCAAGUCUCUCAAUGGGAUCCUGAAGACAGAGCUUGGUUUCCCCGGCUUGGUCAUGUCUGAUUGGGGCGCGCAGCACUCUGGCGUUGGAUCAGCACUUUCUGGAAUGGACAUGGUCAUGCCAAGUGGUCUCCCAUUCUGGGGAGGAAAUCUCACACUCUCCGUCAAUAACGGAUCAGUACCAGAGAGCAGACUCACUGAUAUGGCAACUCGAAUCAUGGCCGCUUGGUAUCUUGUUGGCCAAGAUUCCCGAGAGUAUCCCGCUCCUGGAAUUGGAAUGCCCGGAAGCGUUUUGGUACCCCACACAUUGGUAGACGCACGAGUCCCCGAAUCUCGACCAGUACUACUCCAAUCAUCCUUAGAAGGUCAUGUUUUGGUCAAGAACACCAAGAAUGCCCUUCCUCUCAACAAGCCAAAGAUUCUUUCGAUUUUCGGCUACGAUGCCAAAGCACCUGACGCAAUCACCCCUAACCCUCGCAAUCGGGACUGGGCUUUCGGUCUCCAAAGUAGCAGCGCUAGCUAUUUCAUUUGCGGUUUUGGUAACCGAGUUGCCCAAACCUGUCCUGCUCCUCCCCCGAUUGCAAGAAAUGGUACUCUUUUCACGGGAGGUGGUUCAGGCGCUUCCACACCACCUUACAUCUCAGCACCUUUCAACGCGAUCCAGGAGCGUGCAAGCAAGGAAGAUACUGCUUUAUAUUGGGACUUCCAAAACAUCAAUGCAACUGCCUAUGUGCCUACUGAGAGCGACGCCGCAAUUGUUUUCAUCAACGCCUUAGCAAGCGAGGGUUAUGAUCGUCCAAGUCUCCGGGAUGAUUUCUCGGAUGCCUUGGUCACAAAAAUUGCUGCUCAAAACAACAACACCAUUGUCGUCAUUCACAACGCAGGUAUCAGACUUGUUGACCAGUGGAUCGAGAACCCCAACGUCACAGCUGUCAUCUUCGCCCACCUCCCCGGUCAAGACUCUGGAACUGCUGUGACUCAACUCCUCUACGGCGACGUCAACCCCAGCGGGAAGCUCCCAUACACAGUGGCCAAGAACGAGACUGACUACGGCCGCAUCCUCAACCCAAUCACUGACCUCGGUGCCAACGGAGAGUUCUACCGUUUCCCUCAAGAUGAUUUCACGGAGGGUGUCUUCAUCGAUUACCGUGCCUUCGAUGCCUCCAAUAUUGAGCCAAGAUUUGAAUUCGGAUUUGGUCUCUCGUACACCACAUUCUCACUCUCCGACCUCACUGUCGCCUCAGUCAGCGGUACGCCUUCCGAGUACCCAACAGGAGCAGUCGUUGCAGGAGGACAAGCCGAUCUGUGGGACAUCGUCGCUACUGCCACAGUGAGCGUCACCAACACAGGCAGCGUUGCGGGUCAAGAAGUCGCCCAGCUGUACCUCUCUAUCCCUGUUGAGGGACAGCCAAUCAGACAACUGAGAGGCUUCGAGAAGGUCUUGCUUCAACCUGGUGAGAGCACGACUGUUGAGUUCGAGCUGAACAGGAAAGAUAUGAGUGUCUGGGAUGUUGCUGCUCAGAAGUGGAAGUUGGCGUUAGGAGCUGAGUACACGUUCUUCGUGGGUAACUCGUCGAGAGCUCUUCCACUCAAACAGGCCCUCAAGCUUUGA